GGGAUAUCCCAUCCUUGUUUCUGAAGGUGCAAUCGUAGAGUCUGGAUAUCAGCAUCUUUUGAUCCAAGUUAAAAAAUGAGUUGCAAUUGCAUUGGCUUUCAGUCAAAGAGGAAAACUUCUUCAUCUGCUUCUUCUUCCAUACAAGGCAUUGAAAGUAACUUGCUCAGAGAUAUCACUCAUUUCACAUUUAAUGAGUUGAGAUUGGCGACAGAUAACUUCCAUUCAAGCAAUAAGAUAGGAAGAGGAGGUUUUGGAACAGUUUAUAAGGGAACCCUAAGAAAUGGAGUGCAAGUGGCUGUAAAGAAACUUUCUGCAACCUCAAAGCAGGGACUUGGUGAAUUUGUUGCUGAGAUCAAUACUAUAGCAACUGUCAGGCAUCAGAACCUUGUUCAAUUAAUUGGUUGCUGUGUUGAACGCACAGACAGGAUUUUGGUCUACGAAUAUUUAGAAAACAGCAGCCUGGAUCGUGCAUUAUUAGGCUUCGGCACAAAAGCUGCAAAAAUAAAACUUGAUUGGCAGAAAAGAUCUGCUAUUUGCCUGGGUACUGCAAGGGGUCUAGCUUUUCUGCAUGAAGAAUCGGUGCAGCAUAUUGUUCAUAGGGACAUCAAAGCUAGUAAUAUACUUCUUGAUAAGGAUUAUAACCCAAAAAUUGGAGACUUUGGGUUGGCCAAACUUUUCCCAGACGACAUCACUCACAUUAGCACAAGAAUAGCAGGAACUACUGGUUACUUAGCUCCGGAAUAUGCAUUUGGUGGCCAGCUGACUCUGAAAGCUGAUGUAUAUAGUUUCGGGAUCGUUGUACUAGAAAUAAUUAGUGGGAGAAACAGUGCAAAGGCAGAUUGGAGAGGCUCACAGAAGUUCCUCCUGGAAGAGGCAUGGGAACUCUAUGAAAAGGGAGCACUCCUGGAGCUGGUGGACCCAGAUUUGGAAGAGUACCCCGAAGAUGAAGUCAUCAGGUACAUAAAAGUAGCCUUUUUCUGCACCCAAGCAGCGGCAAGCCGACGUCCAUUAAUGAGUCAGGUGGUCGACAUGCUGUCAAAAAACAUAAGGCUAAACGAGAAGGAACUAACAGCACCUGGUUUCUACCAAGAUUCAGGAGGCUCAAGUGGGAUGCCAUCAUCCACUAAAAAGUCAUCCACAGACUCAAGCUAUCAGAUGAGUUCAGUUCCUGACACAAUCACUCACGUGACCCCUAGAUGAAGAGGGUUAUGAUUUUUUACUCAUUGGUCUUCAAGGAUGGUGGGUGAGAUAAUCAUUCAAUUUGAAGGAACUCUUGAAUUAUGUCAAUUUCCUUCAUGGGUCUCUUCGGCUCUCUCUCCCCCCUUUCUCUCCUGCCUCCUUCUGUGGCCAGUGCUUAUAUUCUUAGGUAGAGGCAUUGAUUUUGUAUAUCUGGGCGUAUCGUGAUGUUCUGCUGAAGCAGAGGUUGAGAUGUUUAUAUAAACAGAAGAUAUUGGUAGCAGAAAUUACAUACAUCAGUUUUCACAGAGUUUUCUGGGAUUUGUUUUGUAGAUCUUGUUUUGAUGUGAUUUUGUUUCACUCUUCAACUCGCUCUCGGCUCGGAAGUACUUUACGUCCAGGGUUGCUGCAAAAAGGAUUGAAGGUGAAAAAUGACUGUAUUUUGCUGGCAAACCAGUGUCUUGUCAAUUUGGAAAGUCACACGUU